AUGACUACUGGAUGGCAUUCCAGCUUAGAUGACCUCAUUGAUGUCGCUCUACAGGAUACUUUCUCCGCAGACCUAGGGACCAACCUGCGAUACUGGUCUCAGAGGCCAGGUAGCGAAGAUCGGCAACAAGAAGAGAUAUCGUUGAUGAUGAAUCUAACCCAACCUACAAGCUACCAUACGGCUGGGAAUGGGCUGACGCUAUCUCCUAUGGAUCAUCGCGCCAUUCAGUAUUACUCGACGGCAUUCUCGGGAACACAUGUUCUUGAUACCCCAGCCUCUUUUACUAAUAAUCAACUGCUACAACUCAGCGGCGAUGCAGCUGUGGUGAUGCGACUUUUAUUAGCCACGUCUUUCAAUGAGAUGAGCCAUGUUCCACCAGACACCGGACAAGAAAUGGGUCAACUGGCAGAACAGCACUUCCAAGCCGGGAGUUGUCUAUUUGCCCAUAUUAUAGGACGAGGAGAGAAGAGCCAAGAAGACCACUUGUCGAUUCUCGCAUCCGUUUUUCUGUCCUACAUAUAUUUAUCUCGACGCAAAGCCGCAGCUCGUGAGUCUAUACGGACGCUUAGCAAGAUUAUCUCAAAAUUUGCCAGUCAGAUCAAAUUGUAUGAAACUUACGCAGAGCCGGAACCCGGAAGCUCACAGGUUAUCUCAAUUCCGAGCAGGAAACGGUCCCUGUUGAGUCGGCUUGUGAGGUGGAACUUUUUCAAGGAUAUACAGAUGUCGUUUCACGGCUGUGGCGGUGAUUUUGCGUCGUACAUAAACAGAAUGCAGAAUCAUACCGAAGAGUUACAUUACAAUUCUUAUGCCCUUUUAGAUGAGGACUGGACACAGCCCAUCUCUAAUGCUGAUGCUCUUGAGUUCAUCCAGAGUUCGUCAGUUAUGCACUGUAUCUACAAUGUUUUCACAAUUAUGCAUGACAUUAACGAGUAUUCCGAGAAUCCGGACGUUCAGGCUAUCGCAAAGCGGAUAAGGAUUAAGAUCGAGCGCUUCGAGAGAACAUACGCGAGUCUUAUCCAUCUCGCGUCGAGCCAUGUCGAACCACGAAACCCACCACUUAUAAAUAUCGACUUCACAAUAGCACGAUUCCACGCCAUAAUAAUUUACUUCUUUCGUGCUAGCAAUUCUACAAGUGAAACUUGGUCGAGAAGGUUGACCAUUCCACCUAUCACGGUCCAGCGAGCAAUGACUGCACUACUCACAAUCGCAUAUAGAACUUUCAACUCGCCGCUUCCAACCGUUCGUGAGCGCCUGCAUUGGCCACUUUUCAUGGCCGGCAUCGAGACGCAGGAUCCUAUCCAUAGAUCAUGGAUUUUGUCCCACAUGAGGCGAUCAGCUUUGCGCACAGCUCUCAAGAGGGUGAUCUCUAGACAGGAAAAGACAGGUAAUAGGUUACCUAUGCAAGUUAUCAAGUACAUCGCAUCGAAUGUAGACGACGAGUGGGGUGACUUAAUAGAAGGGGAGUCGUUGGGAAUUCCUGGUUCUUUGAUGGUGUUAGAAGAGCCCAGUGAUGGGAAUGACAACAAUUUUUGUCUCUGGUAAAGUAUUGGCAAGAUUUAGCUAGGUAUCUAUUAUUAUUGUGAUAGCAUAGAGAGCAAAGCGACAACUCAGGUACAUUUAAUUUUCC